CUAUUACUUCAAGGAAGAAUUAGAAAGACAUGAUUGAUGGUAGCUACUUUUUGGUGUUUGGUUGAUGCAUGUGUAUGUGGUCCACCUGCGGACUUGGCACUUUGGCCGGAUCCCUAGAGGAGGAGAAGAAGACCAAGCUGUGUUAGACUAGAGACCAAAUACAAAUCUUUCUUACUGUACGUUCGGCAGUGCAGGAGUGAGUAUCUACAUCGCUAUCGCUGUGCUUCUCUGUAGCAGAGUAGAAGCACUUGCUUGUUGAGAAUGGCCGAAGAAAAAUCCGAUUUUCUUCGCCUUCGGGUGGUGUUACCUCGCCAUGGUCAACAAACAUACGUGAUUGUCGGGAUGGACUCUACCGUGGGUGAUAUAGCAUGUGAAGUAGCCUCAGUGCUCUCAAUCUCACCCGAGAACUUGAAGAUAUUCACGGAGACAGGGGCUAUGUGUCCACUGCACUAUCAUGCAAAUCUGCUUCUCAAGGAUGAUCAGCUGAUCGUAGCGUCAUACGAUAAUAUCGUCAAUCAUCCUGGUGCCGUUGGAAAGCCUGCUGGUCCUGUGUCCACUGAUCUCUACCAGCAAUCAACUGCAGCAGGAUGCAUUGGCAUGGUGACGCCGAUGCCAGUUGCCGCUCAUCACCAUGGCUACGUGCAGCCGGCCGGCAUGUUCUCUGCUGGCGGCGGAGGCUAUCCCAUGGUAACGCCGUCACAACCCUACGCUGGCGCUCACGUCAUGACUCAUUGCAUGCCAACGCCCAUCAAUAUGCACACGUCCACGGGUGGUGAUGCUCACGCAGCGGCACACUCGUCAGCAGCAGCAACAUCAGCAGGCAGUGGCACUUUCACACCCGACCGGCCUCCAUCGGGUCGAAAGAGCGAAGUGUCCCGAAAGCGCAAGAAGAGUCUCCACGCCGGCUUGGAAGACUCCGAGAACUACACGAUCGACCAUAGCUUGAAGAAAUCCUAUCAACGUCCUAGCGCUGCCUCGCACCAGCUGUCAUCAGCCGCACCGGUGCCACUCAAUCUUUCUACUGAGCCUUCUAAACCCAAUCCACGCUUAGCAGCUCCCCACGACCCCGGUCAUAUUUCCGAUGCUGACGUGAGCAUGGACAUGCCAGAGAGGAUUCCGUCCCCGAUUCCACCCCAAGCCGCUGCUGUUACCAGUGCUCUCAAGAGUUCUCUCAAGGCCCAUAGCAGUAAAUCCAAGCAAACAGCAGGGAAGUUGCACUCGAAGCCAAACAUGGCCUCUGAGAGUGAAAGCUCCUCUGACUACUCAUCCUCUGAAGAAUCAGACUCUGACAGUGAUCAUCGUCCUUCAUCUCGCCAAGUGGCAACGAGCACUACCACUGCUAGAACAAAGCAGCAGCAGCAACAGCAAGCCUCGAAGAUCUCCAAUUCGAAUACCACCAGUAAAACUGCUGGCAACAAGAAAGCAGCUACUAAUUCCGGUUCAGGUGUUGCCAAGCCGAUUGUGCCAUCGAAAGAUAGGACCUCUACUAAAAUGACUUCUCAGUCUCUCUCUGCUGCUGCCAAAGGCAACAAAGAUAGAGACGAUUCAUCUUCUACGUACUCUUCAACUGAGGAGUCAAGCUCUGAAGAGGAGCAACCCGCUUUUGCUAAAGGGUCAGUAGCAACGAAGAAAGCUGCUUCAGUAGCCAAGGUUCCUGCUAAGAAGCCGUCUUCUGCAGAGCAGGGAACUGGCAAGCCUGUGUCAGUUGUCAGUUUAGCUGCUGCUGCUGCUGCUGCAAAGAAAACACCUGCCCCUCCGGCAGAGAGCAGUGAAUCGUCGUCUAGCUAUGAGUCUGACUCUGGAAUGGAAACGGAUGAUGACGCGCCUACUCCUCCUGCUCCCGCAGCCUCGGCUGUACCCGCCAAACCACAGCCACCCAUGAACAAAGGUGGUUUUGCGGGAAUCAGAAAGAAAUCCUCUUCCACUUCCAUUUCUGGAGCUGGCCAAGAUUCUGAGGUUCCGGAAAGCGGCGGGGAAUGUGCUCCCAGGACCACUGCAUUGCCAAACUUGAGGCGAGAUGCAAAAGCCAGUACUGAUCAAAGUACUGCACAUCCCCACAAGGCAGAUAGUAAAUCAGCUGUUCCUACCUCGCCACCACUGAUCACGAGUCCAACAAUCGUCGUGAACAAAACCAGUGAUGCGUCCGAUUCCUCCGAGUAUGAAUCCACUGACAGCGAGAGUUCUAGCAAUGAGCACACACGGUCACCAGUCAAGGCGGUCAAGGCAAACACCAAUCACACAGCGCCUGGUAAGAAGCCUGCUGCCAGAACUACAACUGCAGUUCCCGCGUCCAACAAGAAGGUGCAGGUCCCUAUAAAGGACGAGAGCAUUACUGCCUCCAGCGCCAGUGAGUCUGGGUCGGAAUACGAGACACACAGUGAGGCUGAGAGUGACCGCGUUCCACCAAUUGAGCCCAGUGGUAAACCGGUCUCAUCAGCCAGCAAGUCCAAUCCCUCAGCUCUGCCGCAGACACCCAAGAAGCGUGGCGCUACGCCUGCUCAGACACCAGCUAAGGUUGCUACUAGCCAGAAAACGCCAGCCGCUGCGAAGAAGGGAGGUGCAGCAAAGAAAACGCCGGCAGCCAAGGCCACUCCGAAGGCACCGAAAAAUGCCUCAAGCGCAACCAAAGGAGCUAAGAAGGCCGGUGGAAGUGUGGGCGGUGGCUCAAGCACUGCUGUGUCUUCAUCUCGUAAGGCUACUGGCAAUGGUGAGGGUCAGGGCCAGUUUUCAUCAGCUGCCCUCACUCGGCCCGUGCGUAAGAGAAAACGUUCAGUAAGCAAGUCGACGACGCCGACACCUGCUGCCGUUGUCCAUUCUGACUACAGUUUGCUAGGUGCAGCGUCCGCUGUCGACCUGACGCCGAUUGAGAAAAGGCUCUUGUCGCGUGGUGCCGUUGCACUGGGCGAUGUCAUGAAGGACGACUCUCUGUGGAACAAUAGAGCCGAUUGUGCCGCCGUCGAUCAGGUUGCUGAAUGAGACUAGCGUAUUGAGCUGGAGUGAAGGACAUGUAGCAUCAGUGCACAUACUUUAAAGUAAUAUUGAUUAUUCUCUGUAGCGUUAGCUCUGAUGCUCUAAUCCUGUCCUCGUUUUCUUUCUUUCUUAUGAACUGCAUGGUAAAUCCAUGACGUACAUUGUAGCUUCCUGUGUUGUUUGGUAUUCUAUAGGUGUUCUAUACUCGUGUGUCUGGCUUGGAAUGUUCUAUUUUGUAAAAUAUUAGCCUUUCUUGCUCUGUGCUCUGCCCUUGAAAUACCAUCAGUUAUUGUCUGCACCGAUUUCCACCGGUGUAUUAUGCCUCCUUGGUUUCCCUUUCUUCUCUCUGGCUAUUCUCUUGUGCCUUCUUGCUAUUGUCCACUUAUGUGGGGCUUUGAAAAAAUCAUGGAUUACUGGUGCAAUAUGCUGAAGUUUCACUGUACAAAUCCGCCCACAAGGACUUCCAAAAUAUUCCUGUCUUGGCUACCAUCCCA